AUGGGGCGAGGCGGGCGCGGUAUUACAGAAGCAGCCAUAGAUGAAUGUGAUGAUGUGUUUGACACGACUUGUGAAAUGGGAGCUGAUCUGUCGCUACUGGAUGAAGAUAAUAACCCGGCAUCCUUCAUUUUGGCCUGUGAAAACUGGAAUGACACUGAAUUUAACACAACUCUCCUCGAUGCCUGCAUUGGUGGAGAUUUGGCCCGAGUCAAGUUCAUUUUGUCUGAUGGCCGUGCAGAUAUCAACUCAGUGGGGAAGGACAACAUGACACCAGUGAUGCAUGCAGCAAAGGAGGGACAUAGAGAAGUGUUUGACCUACUUAAUGUUGUGGGCGUCAGCAGUCGAGAUCACGACGGAUUGACACCAGCAAUGACUGCAGCUUUAUACAAAAGAAAAGAUGUGUUUGAUUUACUUGUGGAAGCAGGAGCAGAUCUGUUAUUGGUGAAUGAGUUCGGAGGAACCAUACUUCAUGUGGCCUGUGAAGGGGGUAAUGUGCAGAUAGUCAAGUAUCUCAUGAAACAUAACAUUGUGGACAUUGAAAGUCGAGACAUGAACGGUUGGACACCAGUAAUGCAAGCAGCCAUUGAUGGACAUAAGGAUGUGUUUGACGUUCUUGUGAAGGCAGGAGCAGAUCUGUCACAAGUGAGUAAUAACAAAGAAACCACCCUUCAUUUGGCCUGUGUUGGGGGAAAUAUUGAAAUAAUCAUGUACUUCAUGAAAUAUGGCAUUGUGGACAUUGACAGUCGAGACAUCAACGGCUGGACACCAGUAAUGAAUGCAUCCAGUGCUGGACAUAAGGACGUGUUUGACGUUCUUGUGGAGGCAGGAGCAGAUCUGUCACAAGUGAGUAAUGAAAAAGAAACCAUCCUUCAUAUAGCCUGUCGAGGGGAAAAUGUUGAGAUAUUCAAGUACCUCAUGAAACAUGACAUUGUGGACAUUGACAGUCGGGAUAUGGACGGUUGGACACCAGUAAUGAGUGCAGUCAGUGAUGGACAAAAGGAUAUGUUCAAGGUCCUCGUUCAAAAAGGGCAGAUCUAUCACAAUCGAGACACCAACGGCUGGACACCAGUAAUGCAAGCAAUCAGUGCUGGACAUAUGGAUGUGUUUGACGUUCUUGUGGAGGCAGGAGCAGAUCUGUCACAAGUGAGUAACAAGAAAGAAACAAUCCUCCAUAUAGCCUGUGGAGGGGAAAAUGUUGACAUAGUCAAGUACCUCAUGAAACAUGACAUUGUGGACAUUGACAGUCGGGAUAUGGACGGUUGGACACCAGUAAUGAAUGCAGUCAGGGAUGGGCAAAAGGAUAUGUUCAACCUCCUCGUUUCAAAAGGGGCAGAUCUAUCACAAGUUAGAGAUGAUAAACAAACCAUCCUUCAUAUGGCCUGUGGAGGGGGAAAUACUGAGAUAAUCAAGUACCUCCUGAAGCAUACAACUGUGGACAUUGACAGUCGAGACACCAACGGCUGGACACCAGUAAUGCAAGCAGCCAUUGAUGGACAUAAGGAUGUGUUUGACGUUCUUGUGAAGGCAGGAGCAGAUCUGUCACAAGUCCGAGCUGGCUCCUGUCAGUUGACGACUUGCCCAAACAUGAGGUGUCUGAAGAUUCGAACUGGCAAAACUGAAUGUGUGAAAGGGGCAGAUCUAUCAAAAGUGGACACUGAGAAAAAAAAGAAAAACAUCCUUCACGUGGCCUGUGCAAGAGAAAAUGUUGAAAUAAUCAAGAACCUCCUGAAACAUGACAUUGUGGACAUCGACAGUCGAGAUAAGGACGGAUUGACGCCAGUAAUGUAUACAGCAAAGGACGGGUGUAAAGAUGUGUUUGGCGUACUUGUGAAAUGGGGAGCUGAUCUGUCACUAUUGGAUGAUGCUAAUGACAACAUCCUCCAUUUGGCCUGUAAUGGAAACAGUGUUGAGAUUGUUAAGUACCUCCUCUCACACAACAUUGUUGAUAUCGACAGUCGGGAUAGGGAAGAAUAUACGCCUGCAAUGAUUGCAGCAUGUCAGGGACAUGAGGCUAUCUUCUUCUUACUUGUUGAGCAUGAGGCUGAUCUAACAAUUAUUAAUGAUGUUGGUGAUAACAUCCUAGAUAUGGCUUGUGAAGGAGGAAAUAAAAAUGCACCGAACACGAUCACAACUGUCGAGAUCAUGUUGACGAUCUUCAUCUCCUACGUCAUCACUCUGGCUAUGUCACAAUAUGAUUUUUCAAUAUGA